GCGGGAGACGAUAGAUAUAUACCAGGUCCUACAGUACACGACAGUAUGUGGACGGGAGACGAUAGAUAUACACCAGGUCCUACAGUACACGACAGUAUGUGGACGGGAGACGAUAGAUAUACACCAGGUCCUACAGUACACGACAGUAUGUGGUCCUACAGUACACGACAGUAUGUGGUCCUACAGUACACGACAGUAUGUGGUCCUACAGUACACGACAAUAUGUGGACGGGAGACGAUAGAUAUAUAUACCAGGUCCUACAGUACACGACAAUAUGUGGACGGGAGACGAUAGAUAUACACAAGGUCCUACAGUACACGACAAUAUGUGGACGGGAGACGAUAGAUAUACACAAGGUCCUACAGUACACGACAGUAUGUGGUCCUACAGUACACGACAGUAUGUGGUCCUACAGUACACGACAGUAUGUGGACGGGAGACGAUAGAUAUACACAAGGUCCUACAGUACACGACAAUAUGUGGACGGGAGACGAUAGAUAUACACAAGGUCCUACAGUACACGACAAUAUGUGGACGGGAGACGAUAGAUAUACACAAGGUCCUACAGUACACGACAGUAUGUGGUCCUACAGUACACGACAGUAUGUGGACGGGAGACGAUAGAUAUACACAAGGUCCUACAGUACACGACAGUAUGUGGUCCUACAGUACACGACAGUAUGUGGACGGGAGACGAUAGAUAUACACAAGGUCCUACAGUACACGACAGUAUGUGGUCCUACAGUACACGACAGUAUGUGGACGGGAGACGAUAGAUAUACACAAGGUCCUACAGUACACGACAAUAUGUGGACGGGAGACGAUAGAUAUACACAAGGUCCUACAGUACACGACAAUAUGUGGACGGGAGACGAUAGAUAUACACAAGGUCCUACAGUACACGACAGUAUGUGGACGGGAGACGAUAGAUAUAUACCAGGUCCUACAGUACACGACAGUAUGUGGACGGGAGACGAUAUAUAUAUACCAGGUCCUACAGUACACGACAGUAUGUGGACGGGAGACGAUAUAUACCAGGUCCUACAGUACACGACAGUAUGUGGACGGGAGACGAUAGAUAUACACAAGGUCCUACAGUACACGACAGUAUGUGGACGGGAGACGAUAGAUAUACACAAGGUCCUACAGUACACGACAAUAUGUGGUCCUACAGUACACGACAGUAUGUGGACGGGAGACGAUAGAUAUACACAAGGUCCUACAGUACACGACAGUAUGUGGACGGGAGACGAUAGAUAUAUACCAGGUCCUACAGUACACGACAAUAUGUGGACGGGAGACGAUAGAUAUACACAAGGUCCUACAGUACACGACAGUAUGUGGACGGGAGACGAUAGAUAUACACAAGGUCCUACAGUACACGACAGUAUGUGGACGGGAGACGAUAGAUAUAUACCAGGUCCUACAGCACACGACAGUAUGUGGACGGGAGACGAUAGAUAUACACAAGGUCCUACAGUACACGACAAUAUGUGGACGGGAGACGAUAGAUAUACACAAGGUCCUACAGUACACGACAGUAUGUGGACGGGAGACGAUAGAUAUACACAAGGUCCUACAGUACACGACAAUAUGUGGACGGGAGACGAUAGAUAUAUAUACCAGGUCCUACAGUACACGACAAUAUGUGGACGGGAGACGAUAGAUAUACACAAGGUCCUACAGUACACGACAGUAUGUGGACGGGAGACGAUAGAUAUAUACCAGGUCCUACAGUACACGACAGUAUGUGGUCCUACAGUACACGACAGUAUGUGGUCCUACAGUACACGACAGUAUGUGGUCCUACAGUACACGACAGUAUGUGGUCCUACAGUACACGACAGUAUGUGGACGGGAGACGAUAGAUAUACACAAGGUCCUACAGUACACGACAGUAUGUGGUCCUACAGUACACGACAGUAUGUGGUCCUACAGUACACGACAGUAUGUGGUCCUACAGUACACGACACUAUGUGGACGGGAGACGAUAGAUAUAUACCAGGUCCUACAGUACACGACAGUAUGUGGUCCUACAGUACACGACACUAUGUGGUCCUACAGUACACGACACUAUGUGGACGGGAGACGAUAGAUAUAUACCAGGUCCUACAGUACACGACAGUAUGUGGACGGGAGACGAUAGAUAUACACCAGGUCCUACACUAUACAUUAACCACAUGACACCAAUAUCUAA